AUGAACCGCCUCGCUCAGUUUCAAGCGGCUUGUGGUCUCACUUUGAUUGGUGAUGUGCCGGCGCCGGGGUCCGACAAGUUGGGUCCGGCGCGGGUCACCGUCACGGAGCCUCCAUCGGAGCAGAGCGUCCAGGCGGCGAAGAAAUUAGAGGAGUUCUACGAUUUAGUUGCCGCAGCCGGCGGUGCCGUUGAACGUGUCACUGGAUUGACGCGAGAAAUUGCCGCAAAACACUCGGAGAUCAUGAGUACGUUUGAUCUCAUGAAGAGCAGCUCCAUGCGGCAGGAGGUGGAGGCGUUGACGCAACAACUCAACGCCUCCGCGCAAGCCUCUGCUGAAAUCCUUGAGACAAUGAAGAGGGAGACGGACAAACUAAAGGCAACUCCCGAGAUGGAGAGUCACUUUAUUGGCGUGAUACGUAUUGAGGAAAAUCAGAGGCGUUAUUUGUUAUAUCGGCUAAGCAAGGCGAUGGAGGCGUAUGAGCGACAGCAGAAUUCGGUGGAGUCGCAGUACCGCGCACAGACCGAACGGCAGAUAAAAAUCAAAUACACAAACCCUGAUGGUUCCGCGAUUGAUGAUGAGACGGCGAAGGAACUUGCCCAGGCAGUGCUGGAGAACAACACCACUAGCAGCAUUUUUCAGCAGAGUAAAGAUGUUCUGGCUCAGAUUAUCGAGACUAGGAAUGACAUCUACCACAUUGAGCGGUCGAUGCGGACACUCAACCAACUCUUCAACGAUUUGGCAUUUCUCGUGCACGAGCAAGGUGAGAUUAUGGAUGUGGUUUUGAGAAACAUCGAGACCACAACCAAAUAUGUAGAGGCGGGCAGAAAGGAGAUGAAGAAGGCACGCAAGUAUCAAAGACGCAGUAGAAGAAAACUUUGUUGCCUGGUGCUCGUUGUAGCAGCUAUUAUUGCCUUGUUUGUUUUGGCCGCUGUUUUGGGAAAAACACUCUAA